GUAGCCGUUAGCAAAAAACCCAAUUCAAAAACCGCAAUCAAACACACACACACACACACUAAUUUCCCAGAUUCAAAACUUUUCGAUCUCAAAUCACCGUUUAGCUUGUUAUUAUACCGUUAAUCUGUUCAAUCGCAGGGUUUUGAACAUUUGGAACAUUUGAUUAUAUAGAGAUGGAGUAUAAGAGGAGUACGAGUUCGAUGACUCCGGAUCAGAGCGGAAAAGUUGGAGUCGGAAUGGUUGCGAAUCCGGUUCCGUUUCUUACUCCGAGACCAGAACGCAGGCGUCCGGAUUCUAGAGGUGUUGAUUGGGGUUCGAGUAAAGCUGAGAAGGAUCGUGGUGAAGUUAAUAUUCAGGUUUUGCUUAGAUGCAGGCCCUUAACCGAUGAAGAACAAAAGUGCAACGUACCGAAGGUGAUAACAUGCAAUGAACACAAAAGAGAAGUCUCUAUAUUGCAAAAUGUUGCUAACAAGCAAGUGGACAAAAUCUUCACCUUUGACAAGGUUUUCGGACCCAAAGCACAACAGAGGUCAGUAUACGACCAAGCAAUCUAUCCUAUUGUAAAUGAAGUGCUUGAGGGCUUCAAUUGCACAGUGUUUGCAUAUGGUCAAACCGGUACCGGAAAAACAUACACAAUGGAGGGAGGCAUGAGAAAUAAGGGGGGAGAAUUACCUGCUGAGGCUGGUGUAAUUCCAAGAGCAGUUCGUCAAAUAUUUGAUACUUUAGAGGCUCAAAAUGCUGAUUAUAGCAUGAAAGUUACUUUUUUGGAACUUUACAACGAAGAAAUAGUCGAUCUUCUUACCACAGAAGACUGCACUAGACCUUCAGAGGACAGGCAAAAGAAGCCCAUUUCAUUAAUGGAAGAUGGAAAAGGUUGCGUUUUUGUAAGAGGUUUAGAAGAAGAAGCUGUGUACAGCGCAAAUGACAUUUAUAACCUUUUAGAACGCGGUGCUGCUAAAAGGCGUACCGCAGAUACAUUGUUAAAUAAGCGCAGCAGUCGUUCUCAUUCAGUUUUUACAAUAACCGUACAUGUCAAACAAGCAACGGUUGGUAGUGAGGACCUUGUUAAAUAUGGAAAGCUCAAUCUUGUUGAUUUGGCAGGAUCAGAAAAUAUUUCUCGAUCAGGUGCCCGAGAUGGUAGAGCAAGGGAAGCUGGAGAAAUAAACAAGAGCUUGCUUACUUUGGGUCGUGUCAUUAAUUCACUUGUGGAACAUUCGGGUCAUGUGCCUUACAGGGACAGUAAGCUGACAAGACUGUUACGCGACUCACUUGGUGGGAAAACCAAAACAUGCAUCAUUGCAACGGUUUCUCCAUCUGCUCAUUGUCUAGAAGAAACAUUAAGCACUUUAGAUUACGCACACCGUGCUAAAAACAUUAAGAACAAGCCAGAGGCAAAUCAGAAAAUGUCAAAAGCUAUGCUUUUGAAAGAUAUGUAUUUGGAAAUAGAGAAAAUGAAACAAGAUCUUCGAGCAGCUAGGGAAAAGAAUGGUGUUUAUAUUUCACAUGAAAGAUAUGCACAAGAAGAAGCUGAAAAGAAGCUGAAGAACGAAAAGAUAGAGCAGCUGGAGGCUGAUCUAAACCUCAACGAGAAGGAAGUAAAUAGAUAUCGUGAGCUCUACGAAAGUGAACAGGAAAGGAGUUCGAGUUUAGAAAGGGAUCUUAACCAUUGCAAGGAAAAUUUGGAGAAAAGUAACAAGGCGUUGUUAGAUAUUCAAGGAAAGCAUAAGGAAGCCAUGUUAAUGUUGAAAAAGAAAGAUUUUUUCAUCUCCAAACUUUUGGAUUCAGAAAACUGUCUAGUUGAACAUGCCAAAGGUCUGCGAAACAAACUACACGAUGCAUCAGAAGACGUGACCAAAUUAUCUUCCAAAAUAGAUUAUAAGAGCAAGUUAGAAGCCGAAAACAACGGUCUGCUUACGUCAUUUAGUUAUCAGCUAGAUCACAGCUUAAAAGACCUGCAAAAAGUUUUUGUAAGUUCGGUUUCACAACAACAACAACAAAUGAGAUCCAUGGAAGAACACGUCUCUUUGUUCCUCGAUAGUAAACAUGAUAAUGCCCAGAUCUUGGAAUCUAGAAUCAACAAGAUAACAGAUACGUACACUUCAGGCAUGACGGCAUUAAAGAAGCUUGUUGACACACUGCAAAUGGAAGCUUCAUCUGAUUUACUUAACAUGAAGUCCAAAGUAUCUAAUCAGAUAAUGGCAGUUGAGAAUAUAAUUCAAAAUGCAGUUAUGGAGGCUAAAAAUGCCACCUGUGAUAUUCAGAAUUCUAUAUCCGAUCAAAAGCAAAUGUUGGCUUUAUCUGCUCAACAACAUGAAGAGGGACUACAUAAGAGUUUGGUUUCGGCACACGAAAUCUCAACGGCAACGAUUAAUUUCUUCAAUAGUCUUAGUCAGCAAGCUACUAAACUAAUGGCAGCUCUCGAACAAAAUCAUAAAACUCGAUCUCUUGAGCUAGCAGCAUUCGAGAGAAACUUCAAGGAAGAUGCAGCUAGAGAACAACAGCUGGCAAUAGAAAACAUUUCUGAAAUUUUAAGGAACUUAACAUUAAAACAAACAUCAAUGGUUACUAAUGCAUCACGAAAGGUUGACGAAUCAAGUUCACAAGAUAACGAGAAGUUGUUGAAAGACUUGUCUGACAUGGUGCAAAUUACAAAUGACGGAAAACGUGAGGUGAAUGAAUAUAUGGAGACAUCGAAAAUUCAUUAUACAGAAGACACGUUUAUUUCAACUGAAAAUCGAGCUGUUAUGGAGAAUUGCCUUGAAGAGUGCACAAACAAGAUCGGGAAGUCUUUACAACACUGGGAUAACACAAAGUUAGUUAUCGAUCAACUUAAUGAGAGUAGUAUGGUUGAUACAGAAUCAUUUAUAAGCGAAACGAUUCGUGUAAAUAAACUCAGAAGUGACGAUAUUGCUGCAACACAUAUGUCUAUGGAUGCAUUGUUUAAGUCAGAAGCUAGCGAUCUGAAAUCAUCAGUUAAUGAUUCGUUGAAGCGGGACCAAGAAAUGAAGAAAGAGUUUGACUCCAGGUCAAAGAUAUUUUUGGAUCACCUGACAUGCUUAAAAGACAAGCAUGGUGACACAACUGAAAAUAUGCUAAACAAAACUGAAAGCCUAAAGAAAGACUAUCAGGUUGAUCAUGAUUCAACUCCAACAAAACAUGAAAUAGACGUACCUAGCUUGACAUCCAUCGAGGCAUUGCGAACACCGUCUUUUACAGAUCUUUUAGCAACGACAAAUAUUGUUUGCGAAAACCGACAAACUUAUGUGGAAAAUGGAAGCAAAUUCAAAUAUCAUCAUCAACAAAUAACCUCAGGAUCUCCAAACAGAAGCCCCUUUGCAGAUGUUAACUAAUUUUUUUAAGGUUAUAUGUCAUAUAUGCAAAAUCAUGAUCUACCGAUGCAGUUUAAGAUUAAAGUAUACUCAUCUACUGAUGAGUAUGAAUGUUGUAAUGAAAUUGAGUAAGCUAAAUUUUUAUUGUGGUAUUUAUCGUAAAUUGUAUUGUUUAUUCC